AUGUCUGACAGGCGACAGCCAAGACUGUUGUUUUCAUCAAUCGUGACAGCAAAGCAUUAAUGCAAAGGUUGUGAAGUUGCUUCCGUAUAGGUUUGUGUUUGCUAUUUGAUAAGAUUUUAGCGUCGCCUUGGUUUUGUUUUCUGUGUUAAGCAUCCCUUCCCGUUGCGUAGUUAAUAGUGCAAUGAGUUCCACGACAACACCUACGAUUUGCAAGGAUCUGGACGGCGACGACCGGUGGUUAAGUAUACACAAACGCUUCGUGCAGGAAUGCAAGGAAAAAGACCCCGAUGUGAUGUUCAUCGGCGAUUGUAUUCUGGAGACGUUGCAGUUCACGGAGUACUGGAACAGCUACUUUGUGCCGAUGCACUGCUUAAAUUUCAGUAUACGGAACGACUGUACGCAGAAUGUACUGUGGCGAUUGCAGAACGGAGAGCUGGAAAGUGUACGACCAAAAGUAAUUGUGCUGCAUGUCGGAACUAACAAUAUCGGUAAUAAUCCGGAGGAAGUUGCCGAAGGGGUUCUGGAAAUUGUAGCUACCAUUCGUUCAAAGUUACCGGAGGUAUACGUUGUGAUUCCGACUUUAUUACCACGUGGACAUCUGCCUAAUCCGUUGCGGGAGAAAAACGCAUCCGUGAAUAGAAUACUCAAGGAGCGUUGUGUUGGAAUGAAUAAAAUCCAAAUGGUGUCCGUAGAUGGCGGGCUGAUACAAAGUGAUGGAACCAUUAGUCAUCACGAUAUGUUCGACUAUCUCAAUUUGACUAACAUGGGCUGUAAAAAGGUGUUUGAACCGGUGUGGGAUUUGCUGCACCAAAUACUUACCGAAAACGAGAAAGAACGUGAUUUGACACCUUCGGAAUAAUUGACAUUGAGAGAAGGUUAUUGAAAAUUCGAGAUUAUGUACUCGGUAUCUUAUAUUAACCCGCAACCGGUUUAAAAUUGAUUCCUUUGUUUUGUCACAUAUAUUUGUGACUUUAGUAGUGACCACUACAUUCCAUUUCAUUUAUUGUACUAUUCGUUAGUUAUGAUUGGGGAAAUGGAUUAUCUUAAGUUCAAUGCAGCUAAUCGAUAUUAUUUAUUGUUUGUUUACAAAACGUAUUAACUACUCAUCACCAUACAUUUUAUACAGCUCUAAUAUUUAAGUGAACCUAGAACGUAUGAUAAAAGUUAUAAAAAUAUCGACACCCUUUUAUUUUAUCAAAAUUUACAUUUUCAGUUGCUGAAAAUCAAGUGCUUCUUGUUAGUUUGUAACAAUUUCGAAGAAUAUCUUCUGUGCUGGUAAUUUUCAAAACCAUUCCAUCUUACCUCACAAUUUUCUACUAUACCAAAUUAGACCUACGAUGAGGAUAGCUAUGAUCUCAAACUGAAUAAAUCACAAUUAUCAUUAAGAGUCUAAAUUGUCAAUGAUGAAUAAUAUAAACUUUAAAUCGUUCCAAUUUUUUUUAUACACAGUAAGCUUGGAGACUACCAACAAGAAAUCGAAAUAAUCCGCAUUACAGAAAAUGAAAAAUGAACGAUUUCAGUGUAAUUUAGGAAGCUUCUGUUAUUGAAAAUGUGUCUGUGAGAUUUUCGUUUCAUGUUUACAAGAAAAUUAUACUAUUAUUAUUUAUUAGUGGCAUUAACCGUAUGUCGGUUAUUCGCCACGUACUCCUUUUCAAUGAAAUAGAUUUUCAAGAACGUAAAACAACAAAAGCAUGCCUCCCAAAGAUGAUGAAGCUCGAUUUUGUAUCGUGGCUAAGGGUAAUAUUAAGUAAAACAAAUAUAUUAUAUAACAUUGCGAUGUAUGGAUGACGAAGAAUAAAAAUCUGUGCAGUUCA